GAGAUUGCAGAGGGCUGUGGUGCCUGCUCCUUGGAGAGGCAGGGCUUGGGUUCCCUUCGGUGCCAUCGCCUCCCAUGACGUGCCUCCUGCUCUCUCUGCAGUGUCCCUGCAAUGGCUGAGGGGCGGCUCUUGGAUGCUGGCAGUGAGCUCAUUUUCCCAGGAGGGAGAGGCAAGUCAACCUGAAGCACAUCCCCUCGGCAACUGCUGCAACACCCCUGUGAAAUUCCUCUCUUGCUCUUUCCCUCAAUUAUAGACACUCUCCACUUUCUGGGUGUGUGCAUGGUGAACAGAUUUUCUUCAAUCCCUACAUGGUUGAUUCCAGCCCCUUCUCCUCCCUCCUCCCUUAUUUCCCUCCUCCUCCCCUGGAAUAGUUUCAUGCAUCUCUCUCUGCUCUCUCCACUCGCCAAAGGAUACUGCAGCAGGGAUGGAGUGGACUUUCUGAUUUUUCUGAUGAAUUGUGAGCUGCUUGAGAAUGCAAAUGGCCCAACAGACCCCAGAUCUGCCCUUUUAAAUCUGUCUGCUAGGAACAACCUACAGGUUUCAGAAUGAAGCCUACCGCAAGACCAGGAAUUGGACUAUCUUUGGGUAAAGCCGACCAGCAGCAUUUCCAUCACGAUGGAGCAUGCCUGUAAGGAAAGUGAGAAAAUGUCGUGGAAGAGAACCAAGGAAUAGACGAGAACGCAAGGUUCUCUCUGCUUGGGAUUUUACCCCUCUCGUCACGUCGUCUCACAAUGUCAAAGAAGGGUGCCAGCUUUCGAGCUAAAGGAGAAAGACCGGAUGCCUUAGCUGCAUUGCAAGCCGCUAAUGAAGACCUCAGGGCAAAACUCACAGACAUUCAGAUAGAGCUCCAGCAAGAAAAGAGUAAGGUUGGCAAAUUGGAGAGGGAGAAAAACCAGGAAGUGAGGCAGAUCAAAGAACACGAACAGCAUAAAAACAUAGUGAAUGUAACAGAACUCAAGGCCAAACUUCAUGAAGAAAAAAUGAAGGAACUCCAGGCUGUUCGGGAAGGACUUUUAAGACAGCAUGAAGCUGAGCUUCUUAGAGUCAUAAAAAUUAAAGAUAAUGAAAUUCAAAGACUACAGGCCUUGCUUAAUGCCGUACGGGAUGGGACGCCUGAUAAGGUUAAGACUGUCCUCUUCGCCGAAGCAAAGGAGGAGGCCAAGAAAGGAUUUGAAGUUGAAAAAACCAAAAUGCAGCAGGAAAUUUCAGAGCUUAAGGGGGCUAAAAAACAAGUGGAAGAGGCUUUAUCCGUGGUCGUUCAAGCUGACAAAAUUAAAGCGGCAGAGAUAAGGAGCGUGUAUCACCUUCACCAAGAAGAAAUCACCAGAAUAAAGAGAGAGUGUGAACGAGAGAUUCGCAGAUUGAUGGAGGAGAUCAAAUUUAAAGACAGAGCAGUCUACGUGCUGGAAAGAGAGUUAGGGGUUCAAGCCGGGCAUGCUCAGAGACUUCAGCUCCAAAAGGAGGCUUUAGAUGAACAACUUUUCCAGCUCAAAGAGGCUGACCGGCAUCUGAGCAGCCCCAAGCGGGAACUUCCUCAUGCAAGUGGUGCAGGAGAGACUUCAGAGCAAACAGGAAGUCCUGAACAGCAGUUGGAUGAAAGAGAUGCUCGGCGCUUCCAACUUAAAAUAGCCGAACUAAGUGCAAUCAUCAGGAAACUGGAAGAUCGGAAUGCAUUAUUAUCAGAGGAACGGAAUGAACUUCUAAAACGUUUAAGAGAAGCUGAGAGCCAGUACAAACCAUUGCUAGAUAAAAAUAGACGUCUAAGUAGGAAGAAUGAAGAUCUGUCUCAUGCCUUACGUCGUAUGGAAAAUAAAUUAAAAUUUGUAACCCAGGAAAAUUUAGAAAUGAGGCAAAGAGUGAGGACGAUAAGAAGGCCAAGUUCUUUAAAUGACCUUGAUCAGAGUCAAGAUGAGAGAGAAGUUGAAUUUCUGAGGUUACAGAUCCUUGAGCAGCAAAACAUCAUAGAUGAACUUUCAAAGACUCUAGAAACUGCUGGCUAUGUGAAGAGUGUAAUAGAACGGGAUAAGCUUUUACGAUACAGGAAGCAAAGAAAGAAAUUUGCAAAAUUUCCCAAGAAGCCAGUUGUGGAGACAUUUUUUGGGUACGAUGAAGAAGCUUCCCUUGAAUCUGAUGGGUCUUCUAUCUCAUAUCAAACUGACCGAACAGAUCAGACACCCUGCACACCUGAUGAUGAUUUGGAAGAGGGCAUGGCAAAAGAAGAAACAGAACUGAGAUUCCGACAGCUAACAAUGGAGUAUCAAGCACUACAAAGAGCAUAUGCCCUGUUGCAAGAACAAGUUGGAGGGACGUUGGAUGCAGAACGAGAAGUUAAGACCCGUGAGCAGCUUCAAGCAGAAAUCCACAGAGCUCAAGCUCAGAUAGAAGACCUCGAAAAGGCACUUGCUGAGCAAGGACAGGACAUGAAGUGGAUUGAAGAAAAGCAGGCAUUAUACAGAAGAAACCAAGAACUAGUAGAAAAGAUAAAACAAAUGGAGGUAGAAGAGGCUCGGUUAAAACAUGAUGUUCAGGAUGCUAAAGAUCAAAAUGAACUCUUGGAAUUUAGAAUACUAGAACUUGAAGAAAGAGAAAGAAGAUCUCCAGCUAUCAAUUUUCAUCACAUUCCUUUUACUGAGGGGAAAAGUCCCCUACAGGUGUAUUGUGAGGCAGAAGGUGUAACAGAUAUACUAGUAGCAGAGUUGAUGAAAAAACUGGACAUUUUAGGGGAUAACGCCAACUUAACAAAUGAAGAGCAAGUAGUUGUCAUACAAGCAAGAACGGUUUUGACGCUGGCAGAAAAGUGGUUGCAGCAGAUAGAAGUAACAGAGUCAGCAUUACAGCAAAAAAUGAUAGACCUGGAAAAUGAAAAGGAACUGUUUAGUAAACAAAAGGGAUAUUUGGAUGAUGAACUUGAUUACAGGAAACAGUCUUUAGAUCAAGCACAUAAGCACAUUCUGGAAUUGGAAGCCAUGCUUUACGAUGCCCUACAGCAGGAAGCAGGAGCCAAAAUGUCAGAAAUCCUUUCAGAAGAAGAGAGAGACAAGCUGAGGAAUGCAGUGGAACAGUGGAAGCGGCAAGUUAUGAGUGAACUCCGAGAGAGGGAUUCCCAGAUUCUUCGAGAAAGAAUGGAACUCAUUCAGCAUGCACAACAGAGGAUUAAAGAACUAGAAGAAAGAAUUGAAGCUCAAAAGAGACAAAUAAAGGAGUUAGAAGAAAAGUUUUUAUUUUUGUUUUUAUUUUUCUCUUUAGCUUUCAUCCUUUGGUCAUAAUACACCCAUCCACAUGCAAGAGCCAAGAAAGAUGGAACAACGUAACAGUAAUUGUCAAGGUUGUUGGGGAAAAGACAUUGGCAUUUUAAGAAACUGGACUGCAUCCUGUA